CAUAGGCCGGGGGCGCAGAUGGCUGUGGCUGACUUCCUCUCCCGCUCCUCGGAGCCGGGCGGGGAGUAGGUUAGGCCGGACGGCUCCCCGGCCUACGUCGGGUGGUGGGGAUAUGAGGUGUGGGAGAGCUCAGCUGCAGGAGAGAGAGGUGUAGAGAAGGGCGCGUGGAAGCAGCAUCAGGUUAAUUGACGCAGGUGUUAUCGAUCAGACUCACUUGAUUCUCUUGGCAGUAGCAGGCUGAAGGAGAGGACAAACGGACACAGAGAGGACGGCGGCUGGUAAAGACGCACGAGUGGAGGACAGUUGACCGGACGAGAUCCUGUGGAGUGUUGGGCAUAGUUUGGAGACUGUUUACAGGACGAAGUCCGGUGGAGUGCCGGGCAUAAGUUAGAGACUGUUGAUUUGUAUUGUGACUCUGAUGGUGAAUAAAAAGCCCGUUUGAUAUCGCCAACCUGCCGUGGUUAUUGCGCUGAGUGGAUCCACAGACAGGUCAUCUGUUACACUGAUUGAGACUAAGAACUACAAGACACAAUGAAUACAAAGACUAUGCAAAGUACUCUAUCCACCUCUGGGAAGAACAAAGGGAACAACCCUAUAGUGGCGGGAGGGGUGACCCGGAAAUAGCCUUACAGGCUUGCUGCAAAUUGAAAAUACAAAUCAGGCUAAAUCCUAAGAAUCCCAAGAGCUAAAGCAACAGAGCAGAAUUACUUGUCCAGAGCAGACUGACUUGUCUGUUGAACAGUCUGGCAUCAAAUGAUGAGCAUAGCUAGCGUUUUAUGGCAGGCAGUGGUGUCUAGUGGCAGGUGCUCCAAUUGCAACACAUGCACGCACACACACACACACCCUUCACUCACGACCACAUGAGGGGAAGGUGAAGAGGAAAUAAUGUAGAAGUGGAGGGCAUGAAGCAAAGCUGUCCUUUUGUUUGAAAAGGAUACCCACUUAGAAAUGAUGUGGACUUCGUUUUAGUUCUGUGAUCAUUUGAACAACUCCAUACUUUCUAAGCCUUGGGUUUUUGGAAACUGUUACAGUGAACUGAUUUUGGUGUUUAGAGGAUUAAUAAAGCUCCACUUACUUUCAUUUAUUUACAUGAUUUAGACCUCUGAUUUGAUCUUUGCCAUCAUGAUUUGGCUCAUUGGAGAGAACCAGGCACAGUACAACUAGCUGGAGGGUUAGGGUUAGAUCUGACAUGAUUCCAACUUGAUAUCUCACCAGAUCAUUGUGGCCACAACUUUUAGAGCCAAGUGCCACAAGUGCGUUAUAGACAACACCUGACUCUCCCUGGAUUGAAGAGCCAAUUGGUUUAAAUGUCAGAACAUCAAGAUGAUAUUUUAUUGAAAUGUUUGUUUUUUGUUUUAUUGGAGAAUUAUUUUAUUGGUCAGAAUGUGCAUUAAGCAUUCUUAUUUUACAAACAGAAUAAGGCCUAAAGUAGUUUCAUGCUUACCUUUAUUUAGCACAUCUAGAUUUUUAUGUGAAAUAAUUGGGUAAUGUUGAGGAUCACAGAUAGCCUAUAGAGUCAUAGGGGAGAACAUAAUGACAUUUUAUGAUUUUGGGCUUGGCUCAAACAGGAUGUGAGGGUUGACUUCAUAUUGACCUUGAAAGCUUUUAGAGCCAAUCUGUAUUGACAGUAGUUUUUUGUCUCUGCCUUCAUCUACAUUCCAUCUUACUAAACCUGCAUUAUUACAGGUGUAUUUAACUCUUGUCAUGCAUUCAAUUCUACUCUGCACGUUUUCUCCCUGUCUCUCAUUUUGCUCUCGUGUUUCAUUUUGGUUUUCUAGUACCCUCCUAGUGCUGAAUUGAUCUACUCUCUGCAAAGAUUUCUGUUGAGGUUUAAUCUAAGGCAAUCUAAUUUGGUUUCUGUUUAGCUUCCUGCAUGUUCUAAUGCUUCUGAUUAUGCUAAUUUCUAGGGAUGUCCCGAUCCGAUACUCGGUAUCGGUAUCGGACCUCGAUACGCCUAUUUUUGGAAACUCAGGUGGUAUCGGCUUUAGUCACGAUAUCGAGCAGAUCUCGUUUUUCAGCGCCAUCACACUUUACGGCAGUUGCAAAUCAAAACACACAUGCAGCAUGUCUGCUGUUUGGGAUUACUUCUCCAUUCAAACCAACAACAGUCCAACAGCGUCUUGCAAUGUUUGCAAAAAGAACAUUUCUUGAGGAGGCACCUGCAGGGCGCACUUUAAUACAACAAAUAUGAUCAGACAUUUACAAAGGAGUCACCCCACGGAGUUCGGGAUAUAUAAGGAAAAGACAGCGAAGCCACAGCAACAAACUUUGGCGGAGGUGUUUCAAAGAAGAGAAAAGCUACCUCGAAACAGCGAGAAGUCCAGGAAAUUAACAGAAAAGAUCGUCGAAUUCAUUGCACUGGACGACCAACCUCUUUCCGUGGUGGAAAACAAAGGAUUUCGUCGCCUGAUGGACUUUGUAGAGCCAAGAUACUCCCAUCUCGGCACUAUCUGACGGAUGCAGCAUUACCGGAGAGAGGGUUUGUGAACGCAUUCGAUCCCUCAUAGCUAAUGCAAGCAGCAUUUCCUUUACAACAGACAUUUGGAGUUCUGAUGUGUGCCCAAUGUCUCUGUUAAGUCUUACUGCACACUGGAUUGACGCCUCUUUUAACCUCGUUAAUGUUGUGCUGCAUGCUAACGAGUUCCGUGGCUCACACACGGCUGAACAUGUGAAAGAAGUUAUUGAGGAAAUGUUGAAAGGAUGGCAAAUACAGACAGAACGAAUGCAUACAUGCAUUCGUUCUGUGGUUCAUGUGGUUUUAAGAGACAACACCAGCAACAUGCGCAAAGCCAUGGAUGAGAUGGGGAUGCGGAGCCUGGGCUGUGUUGCACACACGCUGCACCUCAUCGUACACGAGGGUUUACUCUCGCAGCGCAGCGUGAAUGACACUUUGGUCAUUGCCAGGAAAAUUGUGGGUCAUUUCAAGCAUUCACCCCUAGCCUACUCAUGCCUGGAGGACAUUCAGACUGAACUUAAAAUGCCCACAAAACGUCUGCAGCAGGAUGUGCAAGUGAGAUGGAACAGCACUCUGUACAUGCUGCAAAGCCUCCUUGAGCAAAAACGUCCCCUCAGUGUCUAUGCAGGCGAGCACAGCCUACCCUCUACUCUAACUGCAAACCAGUGGAUGUUAGCAGAGAAGACUGCCACUGUCCUGGCCCCAUUUGAUGAGGUUACAAAGUCAGUGAGUGCAGAGACAGCAACAUGUGCUGAUGUGAUAUCUGCCAUCACAGUGCUGAAGCGAGUUCUGUCUCGAGAAGACGAAAGUGAUGCAGGAAUCAAAACCAUGAAGAGCACUCUCCUCGAGGCUGUAAACAGGCGCUUCUCCCAUGUUGAGACGGAGCCGCUGUACUACAUCGCCACUUUGGUGGACCCAAGAUACAAAGACAGGCAAGUCUUUCAACAUUUAUUUUGCCAAAAUUAUUUAAUUACCAAGGGUAUAAUUCGUGUGAGUUAAUGAUUAUUUGUAAUAUUUCUAGGUAUUUCGCAAGUGCAGCCAACCUGAAAAGUGCCAAAGCCUCACUCCUAGAGACUGUGGAGAAGGUAUGCAGAGUCAUCAGUGAGCCAGCGAGUCCAACCCCACGUGCAAGACCAGCGGAGGCAAGCAACAAACUGGGAAGCAUGUUUGAUGAAAUUUUGGAAGAAAGUGAGGUUGAAACGAGAUGUGCCACCUCAUCUUCAGUUGUCACUGAAGUGCACAGCUACUUCUCUGAACAAACCAUCCCCAGUUUUCUGAUGGCUCAACAGACGACAGUGGGACGGCGCUACUUGCGAGCAUUUGUUAGCGGAUUCUUCGUUGCAGUUCCUGUCACCGUCACAGUCCUUGAUCGAUUUGCUUAUGUGGCACGGGUGGAGGGAGCGUCAAUGCAGCCAUUCUUUAACCCAGAAGGGGGGUCGAAGAGUGACAUCGUCCUGCUGAACAGAUGGAGUGUGAGGAAGUACCAAGUCAAACGAGGUGACAUUGUCUCUAUUGUGUCACCCAAAAAUCCCCAGCAGAAGAUUAUCAAGCGGGUCAUUGGUCUAGAGGGAGACUUUAUCAGGACUCUGGGCUACAAGAACAAGUAUGUUCGUGUUCCUGAUGGUCACUUCUGGAUUGAAGGGGAUCAUUAUGGACACAGUCUGGACAGCAACAGCUUUGGACCGGUGUCUGUGGGGCUGCUUCAUGGUCGGGCUUCCCACAUCAUCUGGCCACCAAGUCGCUGGCAACAAAUCAAACCAUCCCUCCCUCCAAACCGAGGACCACUGGACACCACGGAAGAAGAAGGAUGAAGACACACAGACACACCCCCCCCCCCCCCCCCACACACACACACACACACACACACACACACACACAAAUACAGUUUAUGUGUGAACACAUUUGUAACCACACAUUAUGUCACUUUCUUAAAUGUCAAAUUCAGGUAAAGAUAGACUUUCUGUGAUUAUGUGAGUCAGGGUAUUAAAUGACUUUCACAUGGACUGCACUGAAUGUACACAUAUUUUAUGUUCGUUUUUUUUCCACAGUCUGGUUGUUCCCAGUGACUUGAAGAAUCCUCUCUCAAAGUCAUCACAAGCUGUGAUGUUUGCAUUUAUACUGAGUCACAAAGAGAUCUUCAGUCCUGAAUUAGAACUAAUAUAGAACUAAUAAGGCAGACUUACUUCAGUUUACAAGCAGAAGUACCAAAUAUGCUCAGUUUUCUAAACUUAAGCUGAAUGUAUUUUGGACUUUGUGUUUGUUGGGAAUUAUCUUUGGAAACUUGUGAAAGCCAUUGUUACCAUUUCAUUAACCCAGAAUUUAAUUCGUAGAGCAAAUCAUUGGCAGAUUAAGCAGUAAUUACAAUCAUUGUUGGUUACAGCAGUUGGUUACUGACUCUCAGUGAGGAUUUAUUUAUUUAACUAGUGAUCUUGGGCUUUUUACACUCUAACAUAAAUGAGGAGCUCAAUAUUAGGACUUCAGAAGUUAGUAGUAAUUUUACCAUCCAAGUUAGUAAUCAUAACAAAAUACAUAUUUCAAGUUUUUUCCAUUGCUGUAAAUCAUUUUGUUUAAUGCAUUGCUUACAGUUUAUCUAUUAACCACCUGGUACUUUUCCAAUGUCACUCUUUGGCUUUUAGUCUGCACUUCUGUUGUUCCUUCCUGUAAUUUACUAUUUAACUUAACUUGGCCUUAUCAGUAACCUGCAAAGGUAUUGGGCCUGUGGAAAAUAGUGUUAAAAGUCUCUAAACACUGUGACAGUUUUACAUUGUUUUUAAAAUGCUGUAAAUUUGCCAUCCAUGUUUAACUUACCAAAAAAUGAUGAUGGUUUGUCAUAUUAAAGUGUUUUGCUUAAUAUA